CCAGGAGCCACUGCGACGUUGCCUGUAGCGGCCUUCGAGCCAACGGUUAGCGCGGGCGGACGGAGGUUGAUAGCGUCGACUUGUGAGAUUGCGGACUACUUGACAGCAAAAGCCAUGCCUUGGGUGUUUCUUAUUUCUACAGGGUAUAGUAUAUGAGAGGGAACAGCAACUUAGAUAGAUGCAAUCUCCCAUGGGGAGCAGACAGUAUCUGAGCAGCAACAACCCGGAGGGAUGGAGACAUGAUAAUGGAUUCUGAAUUAAUGCAUAGUAUAGUAGGAAGCUAUCUUAAACCUCCAGAAAGAGUUUUUAUUCCAUCAUUUACCCAGAAUGAUGAAUCAUCUCAGACUCACCACUCUGCAAACUUAGAAGCUACCUCUCCUAAAAUGCUUCAUAGUCCAAAUAGCCAAGCUCUUAUUUUAGCCUUAAAAACUCUUCAGGAAAAGAUUCAUCGUUUAGAGUUGGAGAGAACACAAGCUGAGGAUAACCUAAACAUUCUUUCCAGAGAGGCAGCACAGUAUAAAAAGGCCUUGGAGAAAGAAACAAAUGAGAGAAAUCUGGCACACCAGGAACUGAUAAAGCAGAAAAAAGAUAUUACUAUACAGUUAAGCUCAGCUCAGUCUCGCUGUACUCUUCUAGAGAAGCAACUAGAAUAUACAAAGAGAAUGGUUCUCAAUGUAGAACGAGAGAAGAAUAUGAUCCUAGAACAACAGGACAAGAUUAAACAUUUAGAGGAAAAACUUAAGGAAGAAGAACAUCAGCGUAAGCUAUUUCAAGACAAAGCAUCUGAACUUCAAACUGGACUUGAAAUCAAUAGAAUUUUAAUGUCUUCAGUAUCAAAUCCAAAACACUGCAAGGAGAAGAAGAAGAAGUCUUUGAAGAAAACUAGAUGUUUAAAGGGAGGACCACCUCAGCAAAUUCAUUCAGAGUUUGGAUCACUGCCUGUUGUGGCUGAGAAGUCCUCCAGUGCAAACUAUCCUGUGAAUGCAAGUAUGCAAAGCCUCCUGCAGUUGAUGCAACAUUAUGGGCCACAUAACUGUCAGAAACUUACUGAAGUUACUGAGCCUCGAUGUCUCUGCAAGCCUACUAGAACAACUUCCCAGGGUAAAGCUGAACCUUCUGAUUCAAAAAAUUCCAUUUCUAUUGGUGACAAUUUGUCUGAACUUUUGAUGGCAAUGCAGGAUGAACUGGACCAAAUGAGUAUGGAGCAUGAAGAACUACUGAAUCAAAUGAAGGAAACUGAAAGUCAUUUGGUCUGUGAAGACAUAGAAUGUGAACUAGAACAUUUAGUCAAGAAAAUGGAAAUUAAAGGAGAACAAAUUUCCAAACUGUUGAAGCAUCAAGACAAUGUCCGUAAACUGCAGCAAAAAGUUCAAAACUCAAAGAUGAGUGAAGCUUCGGGUAUUCAGCGAGAAGAGAGCAACCUUAAAGGAUCAAAGAACAUAAAAAAUAGUCCCAGAAAAUGUUUGCUAACUAACUCUCUUCAGAAGAACAGCAAUUUUCAUCCAGUACAAGUCCAUAAUCUUCAAAUGAAAUUGAGAAGAGAUGAUAUCAUGUGGGAACAGUAACACAAUAGUCAAACUGUCACCUUAAAUGAACUCUGUCAGUGAGAUCUUGAAUUGUCUAAAGUGGUUUUAAUAUACCUUUAUGAAAUUCUGAGUUAUGUUUCUAGUCCCUAUAAUGUGUCAAGUUGUAGUAUUUUUAAAUUAAUGCCUAAUGACCUCCUAAGAGUCAAAAUGAAUGACUGCGUUUUUUCUCUUACUGACUGAAAUACCUAAUCUGUUCAUGUUUUAGACACAUUGUUCACUUUGCAGAUCUCUUAAGCUAAGUCUAAGAAAUUAUAGUGGAUUGGUGAUAUUUAAAAUUGAGUUAAAUUUUGAGAUGCAAGUACCAUUCCACUUUUUCAUUUAGUAGGCUUGUAACCUUAAGAACCAAUGUAAAAUGAACACAGUAAUGAAAGGUCUUUUACCUUUCAUGGUGCUUCCUCCCUAUCUUAUUUUAGAGCUAUGAAAUGUUUUUCAUUUUUGGACAUUUAAGAGCUCUGUAAAGAGGCCUUUAGCCCGAGUUUUUAUGUGACAAUUUCAAAUAGGAACUCGUAGUUACUUAAUUUUUAGAUGAUAGUAACUCAAGUACAGAAGCCUUUUUCUGCAAUUCCUGUUCUCUUUUACAAAUCCAGGGCUGCUUUUAAACAUGAGUGACUUAUCUUAUUCCUUUAUAACUAUAACUUUUGAUGAGUUUUAGUCUUUGCAUUAUAUAUAUAUUCAUCAGUAUAAAUUGAGAAUGUGAAUAUCCAGUACCCACUUUUAUAGCAAAGUAUAGGAAAAAUAAAUUGGACAUCUUAUUAUUACCUAUCCAGUAAAAAUUCAGAGGAAUAUGAUACUUUUUAAAAUAUUUUUAAAUCAGUGACGUCAUAAGCAAUUUCUUUGUUUAUGUAUACUUUAUAAUAAAUUUACACUUGUUGACCUAUCUUUUAAGAAACCUAUGGAAA